AUGAAGCGCAAAGUGUUCCGCAAAAAAAACCUUGCAGAAAAAGCCGGCCUGGAAUACGAGCCAGAGAUCAAAAUGGAAGAAGCCCCUUCUCCUCCCACCACACCAGCCACGGGCAAGAGGGACGAGACGGCCAUUGUGUUCAACAAGGUGGAGCUGGGUGACGGCGGCUUUCUUGGAUAAAGAGCAGAAGGAGAAAAAUAACCGGAUAAAAUGCGGCCUCACGCCGCUGGUGGGCAAGAACUUUAAGCAGCUGCUGGGGCGCGUGGAGGCAUGCAAGGCAAAGCUGGAGGAGCUGCGGGAGAAGGACGAGGGCAAGGCCAAGGUGCAGGAGGAGAAGAUGAAGUGGACCAACGUGCUGUACAAGGCCGAGGGCCUGAAGAUCAAGGAUGACGAGGACCUGCUGAGGGCCUCGUUCAAGAGGAAGGAGAAGAUGCGCUCGCAGCAGAAGAAGUGGACGGAGCGCAGCGAGACGGUGGUGGAGAAGAUGCAGAGGCGGCAGAAACAUCCAGAAGAACAACAAGGGCAAAGUGGAGAAGAAGGAGGACCGGGCCAGGAAGAGGGGCUGCGUGCUGCCAGAGCAUCUGAAGAAGGCUCAAGUGUAGAGGGAGGGGCAGGAGUGUCAAACUGA